AUGCAUCUUAAAAAACGUAAUUUGGAAAAUACAAAUUUAGAGGACGAUAGAAAGACAAAAGAUUUUCAAAAGACUAUGAAGGCUGUUUCAGAAAAAGAUCUUACACCAAAGCAGGCUCACCAUUUCCUUAAGAGAAUUGCAAAGGAUGGUUUUAUUGAAGAAAACAACCAACAAACUGCAAAAAAUAUCCAAUUAAUUUUAUCAGAAUUAACAUUACACCAAGGAGAUAUUGUUGAUGCUCCAAAAACAGAAGAAACAACUACAGAGGAAACAAAAGUUGAAGAAAAAACAGAAAAUGCUACAGAAGAUAAAACAGAGGCUCCAGCCGAGGAGAAAACAGAGGAGAAACCAAAGAAACAUCGUAGGAAACAUUCAACAGAAACUCCAAAGGAGUAA